GAAAAUAUGAGCACAGGUUGCUUUAACCAUGAAUUCCCUCCUUCGUCAAAUUUCCAAAAAACCCAAAACACGAAUUUUUUCUGCCAAAUUUAUUACCUCUAUAGCUGCAUUUGAAAACCCAUCAAAUUUUUCUGCAAAUUUUGAUGUUUUUCCCAGAAAUUAUAUCGACCCUUAUCAGAUUUUUGCUUCAUGGGGCAAAUCAAAGAUGAAUACAAUCUGGGAUGUAAGAAUUUUACAUACCCAUUUAAUAAAAUCAGCUUUUUUACAUUCAGAUAUGUUUCUUUCAAAUUCUUUGCUUAAUUGGUAUAUGAGACUCUCUGCUAUUGAUGAUGCAUUCCAACUGUUUGAUGAAAUGCCUAGCCCAAAUUUUAUCUCCUGGAAUGUUAUGAUUUCGGGCUGUAAUAAUGAUUUAUUUUAUGAUUAUGCUUGGAGAUAUUUCUGUCGUAUGAGGUCGAUGGGUAAUGGGAGCAAUGAGUAUACUUAUGGGAGUGUUAUUUCUGCUUGUAGUGGCUUAGGGUCUUUGUUGUAUGGUAAAAUGGUUUAUGCAUUGACUCUGAAAGAUGGGUAUUUUUCUAAUGGGUAUGUUCGUUCUGGAAUGAUUGAACUCUUUUCGAAGAAUAGUCGUUUUGAUGAUGCACUUCGGUUGUUUGAUGAUUGGCCUUAUGAACAGAAUGUGGUUUGUUGGAAUAACAUGAUAAAUGGGGCUGUGAAAAGUGGGGAUCAUGGAAGGGCUAUAAAGCUCUUUCAUCAAAUGCGUUGGUUUGCUGUAAUUCCUAAUAAUAUUACAUUCUCUGGUGCUUUAGGUGCUUGUAAUGCACUUGAAAAUGAUGAUAUGGGGAAGAAUAUUCAUGCUUUGGUGAUUAAACAUGGUGCAGGGCAAGACGUGUUUGUAGGAACUGGCAUUAGUGAUUUAUAUUCAAAAUGUGGACUUAUGGAUGAGGCUAUUAAAAACUUCUUCAGAAUGCCUGUUCAAAAUGUAGUCUCGUGGACAGCUAUGAUUUCUGGCUAUGUGCAAAAAGGUGAUGUCGUUUCUGCUAUUAAGUUAUUUGGGGAAAUGAGAAAAGUUGGUGUUGAGGUGAACAAAUAUACUAUCACUAGCAUACUCAGUGCAUGUGCCAAGUCAUACGUGGUAGAUGUAGCUAUGCAAAUGCACUCAUGGAUAAUUAAAUCUGGUUUGGCUGCUGAUUCAGCUGUGAUCGCUUCUAUGAUCAGUACAUAUUCCAAAGCUGGAGAAGUACAUUUAUCUGAAUUGCUGUAUCUAGAGCAGGAUAACUGUGAUGAUGAAUGUUUGUGGAAUGUUAUGAUAUCUUCUUUUGUUCAAAAUAAGAAAAUCGAGGAAGCAAUAAACUUAUUUUGCAGAAUGUUGUUGAAUGGUUCUAAACCAGACAACUUUGCCAUUGGUAGUAUGUUGAGCAUCAUAGACUGUCUAUACACAGGGAGGCAGAUUCAUUCCUACAUGCUUAAAAGUGGAUUGGUAUUUGAUCUUUGCGUAGGUAGCUCACUCUUUACCAUGUACUCAAAAUGUGGUCGUUUGCUUGAAUCUUAUGAAGUUUUCCUACAGCUUCCUGAUAGAGACAUCGUUUCAUGGGCUUCAAUGAUUUCUGGUUUUGCUGAGCAUGGAUAUCCUCAUAAAGCCAUCCAGUUGUUCAGAGAGAUGCUGUUAGCAGGGAGCAAGCCAGAUCAAGUGACUUUCAUGGGAGUUCUGACUGCUUGCUCCUCCCUUGUUACUCCUUUAAUUGGUAAGGAAGUUCAUGGCUACGUUUUCCGUGCAGGUCUUAGCAGAGAGAGCUUCAUUGGAGGUGCGCUUGUAAAUAUGUAUUCAAAAUGUGGCGCUCAAGAUUUAGCAAGGAGGGUGUUUGACAUGAUUCCUCAAAAAGAUCAAGUUAUGUGCUCUGUUUUAGUUUCAGGGUAUGCCCAAGCCGGAGACAUUCAAGAAGCAUUGUCUGUUCUCCAUGGAAUGCUUGUAGCUAAUCUCCAAGCUGACUCAUAUACGAUUUCAUCUAUUCUUGGGUCUGAUGCUCUUUUAAAAAUGACCGACAUUGGGAUUCAGUUGCAUGCCCUCAUUUUAAAAAUAGGCUUGGAGUCUGAUGUUUCUGUUGGUAGUUCACUAAUUACAAUGUACUCAAAAUGUGGAGUUGUCAAUGAUUGUCGUAAAGCUUUUGACCAGAUAAUAAAACCCGACUUGAUUAGCUGGACAACUAUGAUAGUAAGCUAUGCACAACAAGGAAGAUCUACAGAGGCCUUAAAACUUUAUGAAGCUAUGACACGUGAGGGCUUGGAACCUGAUGCUGUGACAUUUGUUGGAGUUUUAUCUGCUUGUAGUCAUGCUGGUUUGGUGGAAGAGGGUUAUUCUCAUCUGAGCUCUAUGUCCAAAGACUAUGGGAUUGAACCUCACCUUCGUCAUUAUUCAUGCAUGGUUGAUCUUCUUGGUCGCUCUGGAAGACUAAAGGAAGCUGAAAGUUUUAUUCAUAGCAUGCCAAUAAAACCUGAUGCCCUGAUUUGGGCAACACUGUUGGCUGCCUGCAAACUACAUGGCGAUGUUGAUAUUGGAAGGCUAGCAGCCAAAAAGGUUAUUGAAUUGCAGCCAUCUAAUUAUGGGGCUUAUGUAUCAUUAUCAAACAUGUGUGCUGAUAUUGGGCAAUGGGAUGAGGUGGAAGAUAUUAGAAAUCUAAUGAAAAGAACUAGGUUAAGCAAGGAACCUGGGUGGAGCCUUGUGUGACUCACUGUUCUGGUUUCUGUAUCGCUUCAGUUGAACUUAGCUGGUGAUCCUUUUCUUGGUUUCUUAUUCUUGUCUCCAAUUUUUCCAAUACCACAUACAAAGGCUUGACUUCAGUACAAUUCCAAAUCAAUGAGAAAGCGUUCUCUUGAGAAUUGGGAUGCUUCUGUAGCUAAUGGUGUCAGAUUAGAAUGGGAACAUAUGUGAAGAGGUGACUUCGAUUGGAAAAGAUGAGAAGUGUAAGGUACAAUCUGUGUGCUCCAAGCAUUUUUGCUGCACUUAGGCCCCGUUGGUUUGAUGUAAAAUGUUUUCAUGGAAAAUGAUUUUUCCAUUAUUUCCCAUUUUCCUUUGAUUGGUUUGUGAAGGGGUGGAAAUAAUAUUCCCAAUGGUGGAAAUUUGCAUCCAUAAUGCUGGAAAACAUUUUCCUUUACAAAACAAGGGAAAUCACAUUUUCCUCCCUUCUCCUUAUCUCCUUUUUACUUUCCUCUCAUCUAUCUCCACAUUUCCACUCCUAUUUUUAAUUUCUCUUUAACUUUUCUUGUAAGAACCAAACAAAGGAAAAUUAUCUUGCAAAUGUGGUUUUCUUGAAAAUAUGUUUCCCAUGAAUUUUUCAUUGAAAAUGUUUUACACUUUUACAUCAAACCAAAUGGAGCCUAAUAAAAAGGGAAGAUUCUAAUAUCAAAGAGAUAAAAAUGUUCAAGCAAAAUUACUUGGGCCAAAUGAAGGUUGCUUUACUGUCAGAGUUCCAUAUCUGCAAGGUAACGGACAUGGAAUAUGUGGCCUAGCAGAGAGAUCAUCCAGCUGAAAAUGGCAUAUUCAUUGAUGCCAAGUCUCAUAGACUCUGGUCUGCAUAAAUAAUGAAAACACGCUGCUGAAAAGAAGAUGUUUGACUGCUCGUUGAAGAAAAAUCUGAUUUUGGACCUUUGCUAUUGCUGAAUAAAUUGAACAAAUAUACAGGAGCUGACUCAAAGACUAUCUUAGGCAUCAAUCGGUUUCUAAGUUGAGUAUAAAUAAAUAACGAAAAUAUGCCACAUGCCACAGGCAAUACAGGCUAUAACAAUCUCAUUUAGGAACAUACUUCAUCUCACAUCUAAUUAUUUUCAUGCAUGACCCUCUGAUAUUCAGAAAUGCUCACUCAACCCCAGGUGUGCACGUAUGAAAAUGUUGAGGAAUCAUGAAUUCCCAGAAUCCUUAAUUGCUUGUGUUGUCAGAGCUAAUUGCAGAUUAUGAGAGUAGAAUUGUCAAGAAACCGAGAAACAUGUAGUUGGAGAGUGAGGAGUGGGGAAUGAUCACAAGGAAUGCAGAAAGCCAGGAUAAACCAUUACUCUCACACGGUCACACCGAACACUCCCCCCCCCCCUCCCCUCUCGCCACCACGGCACCACCUACCCACCCCGAGCACACACACACGUACUCCUUGAUGAUUGAUGGUGUGUUUUGGGCCUUCUGGCAAAUGGUUCACUAAUCAUAUUGUAGGAACUGGAAAAACCAGCAAUACCCCUCCCCUCUCGCCACCACCCACCCACCUCGUGCGCACACACACAUAUACCCCUUGAUGAUUGAUGGUGUGUUUUGGGCCUUUUGGCAAAUUGUUCACAAAUCAUAUUAUAGGAACUGGAAAAAUAAACAAUAUUGUCAGGAAUGGGAUUGGAACCCAUGCCCUUUCGGACCAGUACCUGAAACUGGCGCCUUAGACCAACUCUUGAUGCUAUUACAUGGGUUAUUCCGUAUCAUAUUUAACUCGCAGGUCUGGCACUAAUAAAAUAAUAUUCAUAUGCUUAACAUACCCAAAAGUCCCUUUUGUUUUCAUAAAUCUUCGUAUAUCAUAUACCAUAUACCUUUUCUUCAAAAAAAAAAAAAAAAAAAUUACCAUAUACCUUAAGCUAUUAUACAGCUAAAAUUUUCACCAAUCAAAUACUUAGAAAGAGGGAAAACAUUAAUUGGUGGGAAGUGAAAAUUUAGUUUUGAAAGUUGAUGUAACCUCUUCGUCAUAAACUCGAAAUCAACAGAAGAAGAAAGUGAGAGCAUUGAUUAAUGAAAAUUGUGUUUUGAUCCUGGAAAGAAGAGAAAUUUAGGGCUAGAUAAUUCGGGCUGAGUUUACCCACUGUAGGGUCGGGUUUUAACCCGAUUACACAACUCUUCUUACCUUCAAUUUAAAAAAUAAAUAAAAACUAAU